AUGCCGUGCUUCAAGGGCCUCGCCGUUAGCAUUCACACGCCCAACGGGCCGCUACCAGAGUACUCCGUCCAACGGCAAUCCCGCGCCUCUCGAAUCGCCUGCUACAUCCCCGUCCCGCCCCCGAAAGUCCCAGAUCCCGCAACAGGUAAAUCCGAACAAUCAACCUUCGCCAUCUCCAUUACCCUACUCACCCCAGGCCAGAACGUACCAUACUCCACUCCGAAACCCACACCUGAAAACCCGCACCCAAAAGCAAAAGUCGUGGGCAGUUUCCCCAGGACCACAAAUUCCAUCGGGCCAUAUCAGCCAUUGACUACUUCUCCCAACGAAACUGUUGCGGCGUAUAUAUACUUUGACGGGCGGCAGAAAGAGGAGGUGGCUACGCUAUUACGGCGUGGGGAGGAGACGUGGGUUAACUCGAGAUGGGUUAGCAUUCCAGAGUCGAAGGGUGGAGGGCUUGCGGAACGGGAGUUUCUAUUUCAGGAGGUGGGGUUGGAGAGAUGGCUGAAUGGGCUGGAUUUGGAAGGCAAGGGGAGGGAUACCGCGGCGAAGAUUGAGAAGAGGAGACAGAAGAUGGAGCGGAGGCGUAAAAAGCGGGAGUUGGCCCAGCAACAACUACAAUCAAAAGGAGGUCAAGAUGGUGAAACGAUGAUGUUAGAUACUGAUGAGAGAAAGACUAGAUCUGGACAGGGUGUGUUGCGCUACGGGGAUGAUGCACAAUCGCCUCUGGAGAAUCUGUCAGAUGUUGAGUAUUCCGCUGAGUCGGAGGAGGAUGAUGACCCUAUACCAGAAGCGGCAGGCCAGAUCAAAGUGGCCCUGUUCAGAGUUUUGGCGUCUGGGGAGGUAAAGCGGGGUGAAUAUUCGCCCCAGUUCGAUGCACAGGAUGACGAUGACGAAAGCCAAGCGCAAGGGUUAAAUGGUAAAGGGGGUGAUGAUAGGGAUGUCGACCAUACUACUAGUUUCGCGAAGCCCAAAUCGUUAGACCCCAAGACUAUCAGCACGCAGACUGUUACAGGGAUUGAUGGACCAGACAGGCCAUAUGCGAUAUUUACGUUUAUGUAUCGAGGAGAACGCCAAUUGCAAAGAAUGGGCAUUCUCGAACCCAAAUCGCGGGAUCAAGAUAAUAAAAGCUCGUCUACAAGACGUAUUUCGCUACAGUCCGACCUUGCAAACCUUGCACCUCUGAAACCCGGCGGCGCCCCGGGUCUCUCGAAGUUUAGGGACCAUAAUAAUGCUGAUCAGGGGCUAGGGAAAUCGAGAAAGAAGCCUAAGCGAGGUAGUGAAAGUGAUAUGGACGACAGCGACUAUGACGACGAUGACAAUGGGCCGUCGUCUAUAUUGCACAAGGCUGAGGAGGAGGGGGAUAAGGAUGUCAGUCCUUCGCUGCUUUCUCCGGAUGAUAUUCGGCGACAGGGUGAGCUUGCAGAGGGAGUGAGGCAAAUAAAGCUAAAACGACAACAUUCCGCCGAACCCCUUGCAAGCAGCGGAAACGCGACCUCGAGGACUUCCAAAUCAAACACACCAGCAUCAAUAUCCACCCCACCAGCCACAACCACUACAACAGCAGCGACAACAACGUCAACUACAACUAGCACUACCGCCGCAACAGCCGCGACCACCCCUCCGCAUCAGGGGAUUGGCGGUGGCUCUUCGGCUCUAGAACCGUCGGAAUCCCGAAUGAAUAGUCACGGCCACGGUAGCUCUGUGCUUGAAACCGAACCUGAGUUCAUCGGCAGCCCUAUGAAGAAGCAGCGGGCUAGCGUGUUGGGGGCGGAUGAUGAUGUAUUUAACACUAAGCGGUUGGCUGGGUCUGGGUUAACUACUAAUAUCCAGGAGGUUAUGGGGUCCGGUUCAACGUCGGGUUCGAUUUCUGGUGGAGGUAGCAGCAGUGGUGAUGCUUUCUCCAGUGUCUCUGGAGUUAGCACUGGUCUAGGCUCGGGUAUGAUACCCAGAAGCAAUCUGAAUAUUGAGCAGAAGCCUCCACAACUUGGGCAUGAGGAGCUGGAGGAGGACCUAUAG